AUUGAUUAGUUAACUGUUCUCAUUUUUUCUAUUCUAAAUUAACUGAUUAUUCAACCUAGCCAUAUCUAUUUGGAUUCAGUAUUUUUAUGCUUCUAUGUAUUCUUGUCACUUUUGGACAUGGAUUUUGUCUAUUGUUUGAUAAACUACUGAAAUAUAAAACUUCACAAUUAAAAUUUAUUGGAAGUUUACAAAAUUGUGAUGAGAGAAAGGAGAAUAGUAAUAACCAUGAUUUAAAUAAUGAAUCAAGAAAUCAGGUAUCUAGUUCCUCUUUAAAUCGAAUGAUGAAUCAAAAUCUAUCUGUGAGAAAUAUGUCAAAACUAGAUCAACAUAUAAGUUCCUCAAAUGUGAAAACUCGUGUUCAUUUUAAUGAAAUAAAACCAAAAUACAAAUGCGUAAUAGGUGAUCACGUCAAAAUGCCACUAAAUGAGGCUGAUCAAAAUCAUCAUGAUAUUAUUAAUUUAACCCGAAUAAAUAAGGAUCAGUGUUUAUUGAUUCACAAUGAAGUUAAAUCGAAAAAACAUUUACAUCUCCAACCGAUGCCAACUUUAUUAAUUAAAAAACCAAAUUAUUCAAAUGAAGUGGACGAAAUACCUGAAAAUGACAACCUUUAUUUAAAUGAUAAUUCCUACUUAUCAAAUGAGACUAAAGCUUCAAUGAAAUCCUCGUCAUUUAGACAAAAAGUUAAUGUUAAUGAUGAUAAUUGUGGAGGAUAUGAUAAUGAUGAUGAUGAUGAUGAUGAUGAUGAUGAUGAUGCUAAUGGUGACGAUAAUGAUAAUAAUGAAGAUAAAUUAUUAUCACCUUCCACAAACAAUCCAUCUUUAUCACAAACCAGUUCAAAAUAUCAACAGAAUACGGAACAUACUAACGCUUUAUCAACAUUUGCCAUGACAUCUUAUUUAAACACAUAUAGUGACUCACGCGCAAUCGAGUUUAGUUCAAUCAAAGUCUUUUGUUGACCUAUUUAAUGGACAAAGUCAUCCAUGACAUAACAACUUGUUGUACUAUCUUUAUUAUUAUGCUUGUAUGAAAUACAUAUGCUUGAACAUUGUUUAGCGCCUACGCAUGUAUUCAUUCUGCUAGCUUCAUUAUUAACUGCUUAAUCUAUUCGCUGACUCAUCCAUUUUCCUAUACAUAUAUAUAUGUGUACAUUUGCACCCAUUCACUACUACUACUACUACUACAACUACUUGCUACUGCUACAAUCGUAGUUCGCUUGCUCAUUCAUUUUGCCUCUCUGCUGUCUGGUCCGAAUUAUCUACUAAAUAAACUGUAGUAGCUGCUUC